AUGGACACUGAAGCGGCGGCUAUCGUGGUUGGCGCAGGGCCAGUUGGCCUUCUGGUCGCGCUACGGCUUGCUCGAGCGGGCAUCCACACCACCGUUCUGGAAGCAUUGCCGGCCGUGGAAAACUCACCGAGAGCUGCGGUCUACCAGCCAGUUGCAGUCCAAGAACUAGAUCGAGCGGGUAUCUUGGGAAGAUGCCGCGAGAUUGGUACAUCGAGUAGCAAGAUCGCAUGGCGAAAGGUGAAUGGGGAAGUCAUUGUCGAAAUGUCGCGCGCCGUCUCUGCGGAAGAACCAUACGAAAACUUGAUUCUUGGUCAGCACGAACUCGCACAGGUCAUUCUUGAGCAUUUCAAAGAAUGCCAAAGCUCUCGCAUUCUGUUCCGCCAUCGUGUUACGGCUUUCGAACAGGACGCGGAGGGCGUCACCUUGACGGUGGAAACGCCAGAUGGUGUUAGGAAGUUCGGCACAUCGUAUGUGGUGGGUGCGGAUGGCGGUCGUAGCACCGUUCGCCAGUUGUGUGGCGACCCGUUUGAAGGUUUCACCUGGCCUCAGCAGAUUGUGGCGACCAACGUCGUGUAUCCCUUCGACGAACAUGGGUACACCACAGGAAAUAACAUUAUCGAUAAAGAUCACUACUGCAUCAUCGCGAAGCUGAACGAGUCUGGUCUGUGGAGGGUCUCGUACGGAGAACCUGGAGGCCUUUCGAUUGAGCAGCUUCGCGAACGACUCCCGAUGAAGUACGAGGCCAUCUUCCCGGGCCCCAGACCACUUGAGUACGACUUGAAGAUGUUCUCGCCGUAUCGCAUUCACCAGAGAUGCGCGAAGUCAUUCCGGUUUGGGCGUAUACUUCUUGCAGGAGAUGCCGCUCAUAUAUGCAAUCCUUUCGGCGGCUUGGGACUUACUGGAGGUCUGCUUGAUGCAGGAGCCCUUGGAGACGCUUUGAUCGCAACGAUGAGGGACGGAAUGUCGGACGCAAUCCUCGACAGAUACUCCCAGAUAAGGCGCGACAUAUUUGUAAACGUCGUCAAUCCAACGACGCAAGCGAACCUCAGACGGUUAUGCGAAAACGAUCCAGAUACGGCUGGAGAGUCAGAUCCUUUGUUAAAGAACAUUCGGCAUGCCACUGAUAGCGACCGUCAGGUGAUUCGAGGGUUACAGACGAUGCGGACGAACUUGUUUCCGCAAUUGUAG